AUGAAAGCAAGCGCUUCAUCAAUACUGACAACGAUUACUUCGACUCUGCUCCUCGCAACAACCGACACCGUCAACGCACACGGACAAAUGGCCAAGCCCACCCCACGACCCAUCUCGCAGCAGUACAGAGACGACUGUGGAGCUCUCAGCGGCGCAGGAGACCAAGAGCUGCAGUACGCACCUGUCGAACUGCUCAGCAGCAGAGCGCAGGCCGACCGACCCGCCGCAGCCACCUUCAACAUCAUGAACGGAUGCAGAGGAACUGUCUACGAGGCCAACAACACUGUCACGACGCUCACGACCGGCACGCCUUUCGACGUCGCGUGGGUCAUCCAGGCGCCGCACCCAGGCACCAUGGUACUCAGCGUCGUCAAGCCCAGCACCGACAGCACCGGCACCAUCACGUACGUGUCGGUAGCGGAGUUGCUGACCGUCGACCCGUUCGCCGAGAGCUCGAGCGAGAGCACCAGCACGACGGCCAUGAUCCCCUCGAGCGUGACGGGGUGCGGGUCAGCCGGCGUCUGCGCGCUGCAGUUCUACUGGCACUCGGACCUGGCGAACCAGACGUACCCGACAUGCGCCGACAUUGUGGUGACGGGUAGCGGUGAGUCGGGCGAGCAGACUUCGACUUCAACAGAGACGCCGGAGAGCACUAUCGCCACAUCUACUGCUACAACGGACACGCCAGGAACGAGCCGUUCAGCCCCUACCGUCACUGAAGCCCCGGACACGGAAGCCCCCGCCACGGAAUCCCCGGUCGUCACCCCGGCCCCCGUCAGCGACGACACGAGCAAGUGCACUGUGCGUCGUCACCGUCGCCGCCGCAACUAG